CGAGGGGCGGCGGGCGUCAGGGGAGCACGGCGCCCCGUCAGGCACCCCCGGCCGUGCCCCGGACGCGGUGAGACCCCGGGCCCAGAGCGCGCUGAAAGGUGAGGAAAAGCAAGGAGGCGCCAAAACCGAGCCUACUCGAACGUCAGCCGCUUCUUACCGAGAACUGAGACCCUGAAGUCGCAGACACCGAUGCUGCCGCCAUCUUCCUGCCAGCCCAGAGGGCCUCCGCGGCCCCAAGGGGGUCUGAGUUUUCGAGCUCUUCCUUAAGAUUCGAGAGCCGCCCGCCAGGGGCGACCCUAAGCCAACCCCUGAUGGAAGGGGCUGGGGUGUUGCUGCGGGGCCUGGAAACCCCUGCACACACCCCCACUGGGCCGCCCACGCUCAGGGGCUGCACGCGGAAAAGGCAACACGCCCUAACGGACGUCUGGAGCAGCCAAUCAAAAAAGCGGACGGCUUCCGGUAGCAGCAGAGAGUCCGCCUCUUCCGUCGCCGACGUCACAAGGUAGCGCUUCGCUGAGUCUACGGCGGCGCUCACGCCGCCGGCUCCCGGGCGGCCCCGAGGGAACUCCGCAGGAGGGGCGGGCCGGGCCGAGGAGGUGACGGGCGCCACGGACCGUUGAAUAGAAUGACUGAAACAAUAAAAGCGAGUGUGAAGUCCAAACACGCCAUCGGCCCCCUGGGACUAAAUGCCGGCGGGCGUGAGCUCGACCCGGACGCCUCUCUAGGUGAAGUACUUAGCUUCUGACCAGUAACAAGUAGUGUCGCAAGGGGCCUUAGUGGUUCGGCCCAACAGAAGUAAGUCAAGGGGGAAGCAGCGUGGGCACGGAGCAAGCCUUGGCGAACACGCGCCCGGCUGGAGCGGGGCGACCGCAGCACAGCCGGGACUGGCCGCUAGCUCCAGGCGCUCCUGGGCCGGUGGGCGGGGCGGGUUUGAAGCGGCCUUGGCGCGCUGAGAGCUCCCGGCCCCCAUUGGCCAGCAGCUUCCUCCCUUUGUGGGCGCUUCCAGCGUCGCCGCGGUUAGGGGCUGGGAGGGGCGACCGAGUGACGCAGCAGCCCUCCCAGCCAAUCAGAGCCGGGGAAGGAAGGCCGAGAAGGAAGCGGAUCCACCGCCGCGCAGCUACCCCGCACCGAGCUAUCCUCUUGGUCUCCCUCCGCCGCUCCAGGCGCCGAAGCGGGAGCGGCUGGGACGGCGUCCCUGAGAGGGCCGGGGGCGGAAGUGGAGGCGGAGGGAGACGGUGUAGACCGCAGGGCCCUGGGCUCUCGUGGUGCGGCUCUGGUGGGCGCGAGGCAGGGGAGGGGGAGGAGGAGGAGCUCGCGGCCCGGGCGGCGGCGGCGGCGGCGGCCGAGUUCCCCGUAGGGCCCCGCCUCGGUGCGGGCGGCGGUGGAGGAGGAGACUGAGCAGGAUGGCGGCCUCGGCCCUGUACGCCUGCACCAAGUGCACCCAGCGCUAUCCCUUCGAGGAGCUCUCCCAGGGCCAGCAGCUCUGCAAGGAACCUGAAGCCGCAAAGCUGAUGGCAUCCUCCUUCCCUGUCCAGGAAAGCGAAGCGACUGGUUUGGGGACAGAAUGCUCUAUGAUUUGGAGCUCCUCCCAUCCCAUUAAAGCCGGGAUGCUGUCUGAAUGUCGGAUUGCGCAUCCUAUUGUAAAAUGUACUUACUGCAGAUCAGAAUUUCAACAAGAAAGCAAAACUAAUACGAUUUGUAAGAAGUGUGCUCAAAAUGUGAAGCAGUUUGGCACGCCUAAGCCUUGUCAGUACUGUAACAUAAUUGCAGCAUUUAUUGGUACAAAGUGUCAGCGUUGUACAAAUUCAGAAAAAAAAUAUGGACCACCUCAGACCUGUGAACAGUGCAAACAGCAGUGUGCUUUUGAUCGAAAGGAGGAAGGAAGAAGAAAGGUUGAUGGAAAGUUAUUAUGCUGGCUCUGUACUUUAUCAUACAAGAGAGUUUUACAGAAGACAAAAGAACAAAGGAAGAGCCUGGGAUCUUCACAUUCAAACUCAUCUUCUUCAUCUCUUACCGAGAAAGACCAGCAUCAUUCAAAACAUCAUCACCAUCAUCAUCACCAUCACCAUCGUCACAGCAGUAGCCAUCACAAAAUCAGCAAUCUGAGUCCAGAACAAGAGCAGGGACUAUGGAAACAGAGCCAUAAAUCCUCUGCAGCAAUUCAGAAUGAAACUCCAAAGAAAAAGCCCAAAUUGGAAUCUAAGCCAUCUAAUGGAGAUAGUAGCUCUAUAAAUCAGUCAGCAGAUAGUGGGGGAACAGACAAUUUUGUCCUUAUAAGUCAACUGAAAGAAGAAGUGAUGUCACUUAAACGUCUCUUACAGCAGAGAGACCAGACCAUUUUAGAAAAAGAUAAAAAGUUAACUGAACUAAAGGCGGACUUUCAGUACCAAGAGUCAAAUUUGAGAACAAAAAUGAACAGUAUGGAAAAAGCGCACAAAGAAACUGUGGAACAACUUCAGGCCAAAAACAGAGAACUACUCAAACAGGUUGCAGCAUUGUCAAAGGGUAAAAAGUUUGACAAAAGUGGAAGCAUACUAACAUCCCCUUGAGAAAGUAGUUACUCAUGUAUUUCUGCUGAAAAUGUAAAUUUGAAAAAAAAUUCUGUGAAGCCCUUAAAUUCUGUGUAGUGGAGAAAUAUUUUUGCACACCAGAUGAAUUGGCGUGUUUCCUAUUCACUUUUGUAACUGAUAUAUAGCAUUUUUUAAGUUGUAAAACGUUCAAAUAAAACUUCAACUGGUUUGAAGUUACUUUUUAAUUAUUUGAUAUCCAGGAACUUUUUUGCCAGCAAUAGUAUUAAACACUUGUAAAGGAGUGCAUGGGUAGUGCUCUUUAUAAAAUGCAACAUGCAAUAAUAGAGUAGAUUACGGUUUUCAGAAGUCAGAGCAGCAGGGUUUUUGGUUUUGUUUAUUUUUUUGUUUUACACUAUGCUAAUUUCAGAAAAACAGUUUUCAAUUUAGAAAUACAAAAACUUUUUAAACAAGGAAAAUGGUAAACACUGGUUUUUUGGUAAUUGUGUUUUUACUUUUCAUCAACAUGAAUUUAGGAGAAAAUCAUGGUGCUUUUAUUAAAUGAACUUCAGAGAAUAUGUAAAUAUGUUUUUAAAAGUUACACCAUUAACUUUAGUUAGUAAACUAGUAUUUUCAUUAUUGGUAUAAGAAUUAAUGUUUAUUGUACAGUAUCCAAGGUAAAAUGUGUUGUUUUGUACAAACUACUGUAGAUUUUUACUUACAAGUGCCUUUUUGCCACCUAAUGUUUUUAUUUAUAGGAAUGCUGAUCUUUUGUACAUACAGUUUGUUUUAAAAUCAUGUUUAAUAAAUGUUUGUAUAUAAAUGCAUAUGUACAGAAGCCUAUUUCAAAAGGAAAUCUAAGUAAAAUGUUUGAGAUUGCAUUAAGAACUGAUAAUGCAUAUGGACUCUAGAUGAUUUUGUGGUUUGUUUCUGUGUUAUAUGAGAAGCUGUUGGUCACUGAAUUCAUUGAAUUAUGUAAAAAUACUUCCCCAAAGAUUUGAUUUUAAAUCAUUUCUGAUAGAGUAAUUUUAUUUUUUAUGUCAUUCAUAUGGCUUCAUGUUCAUAUUUUGUGAAUUACAUGUUCUCUAUUUUUCUUUUAUAAAAGUUUUUAAAAAUUUAUAAUUUUUCUGCAGUGGUCCAUAUAUCUGCUUUCCCUAUAAUAUGUGGUUAUCUAAGUUAAUAUUUAUGUACACCAUACUUGAUUUGUAAGUUUAAAGCAAAUCUGGAAAAAUUUAAAUAACUUAAAUCAGAUCAGUCCAUGAGUAUCUUUGAAUAAAUUGGAAUCUACUGUAAGAUACAGGCACUAUUUAUAAGAAAAAUAUAUCAGAGUCUUUAAAAUUGUCUAUAAAAGAUUAAGGUAGGUUGGGAUAGGUUAUGUAAAGUUAUUGACUAUUUUCUGAUCCAGUGGUUUUCAGCCUUUAAUGGAAUUAUCUACUUAAUAAAUGCCAGUUCAGAUUUUUAGUUCAGUUGUAAAGCAUCAAGCAUUGCUAGAUACACUGUAUAGAGUGGGAGAGAGUUCUUUCUCUUAGGAAUUUAUGGGCAAGGAUAAAUUUGUUUUAAGUAAACUGUUAACUAAAGUAGUUUUUAAGUUGUUUUUAAACAAUGAUUAUGAAUGUCAGGUCAAAGAUCAUCUUUCCUCAGAACACCAGGUGAUUAUAAUAAUUGUUUUUAACAUAACUGAUGUUUCAGGAGAUUAUUCCUAUAGUUUUCCAUUAUACAUUGGUAUCAAGUAAUUCUUUGUCUAAUUUGAAAACAUUAUCUAGGGUUAUUUUGAAGUAAUAGCAAAAGAUUGAAUCAGUCAGACUUGGAAAAAUUAAACCAGUUUAUUUUUAUGAGCUCUUCAUGCAAUAAUCUUCCUAAAUUUAGUGCUCUCAACAAUGAUAGAUAAUGCCUUCUUAACACAGAUUUUAAUAUUUGCAGGAUUUGCUAAAUUCAUAAGAUAGUCAUUACCUUUCUUUAAACUUUAUAAUGUUUUAUAUUGUGGUUUCAUAGCCAUUUAUCAAUCCACAGUGCUCAUUAUGAUUUUAAAAUAAACUGUAAUAGUUCUUAUAACUUGUUGGAGCUGCUACUAAAAACCAAGGUGCCCCUCCCCCCUUUUUAGGAAACAGAUUAAAAAUUGAAAAUCAGUCUAAAUAAUUAAGUUUUGUAAAUUCCAAGGCUAAAACUUUUUAGGGGCUUCACAGUAUUUAGUCCUAAUUAAAUGCCCUCUCUUUAUUCCAUGACCUUGUUUUAUAACGUAAGUUUUUUUGCAAUUGUAUAAACUAGUAAUUGAGUCCCAGUCCUGGAUCUGUAGUGUAUUGACAUAAUGAGCUGAUAUUCUUUAAAUGUGGACCUGUAAGGAGAUACUAUGGUGUGCUGUAUUGUGCUUUUUAGCCCGUUUUCAGCUAUUAAUUAGCAUUUACCAGUGAGGGUCAUUUUGGCCCAAGUUAUUUAUGUAUUAAUAGCCUGUGAAUAUUGCAGUUCUUUUUAGAUUGUAUUGGUCUAAAUAUGCAUUCUCUGGUGAACCUGGUAAGCUGUUCACAUGUAUAGACUAUUGAAAUACUGUACUUGUACACAUCUGACUGUUGACAUUUUGUACUUUUUUUCUAAAUCCAAUAUUUCACAAUAAAAACUCAUCAAAAGUUU